AUGAUGUUCCCCAAGACUCCGCUUGUGGCUAUUGCCCUCUUGUUCGCCGGUGUCCAAGGCCAAGAAGUGGCUGAUGGAGCGGAUAAUGCUGCUUUGGCCAAGUGCCGAUGUGUUCCCGGAGACAAGUGCUGGCCUUCAGAUGCCCAGUGGAAAUCCUUCGACGACCGCCUUGGCGGCCGCCUGAUCAAGAACCAUCCCAUCGCGGAAUCCUGCUACGAUGGCCCGCACAAGAAUCCCACCGAGUGCGCCUACGUCGACAAGAUGUGGCCAGACCAGGACUUCCAGACAGAAAAUCCCAUUGGCCGCCCUCUUCCCUACAACAUUACUUGCCCACCGGUUGAGGCAGGCCAGUCCCCCACGAGAUGCCUCAUGGGCCAGUCCCCAACAUACGCCGUCAACGUGACGACUCGCCGCCACAUUGCUGAUACACUCGCCUUUGCACAACGCAACAACCUCCGCCUCACCGUCGCGAGCACCGGGCACGACAUGCUCGGCCGCUCCGACGGCUACGGCAGCCUCGAGAUCUGGCUGCGCUACUACCGCCACAACAUCACCUUCCAGCCGCAGUUUGUCUCGGCGUCGGCCUGCACGCCCGCCAAGGCCAACUGGACCGGCAACGCCAUCCGCAUCGACGGUGCCUGGCAGUGGCGCGAUGUCCAUGUCAUCGCCAAGAAGAACAACGUGGUUGUCGUCUCGGGUGGCUCCAUCUCCCCCGGCGCGACGGGCGGAUGGCCGUCAGGUGGCGGUCACGGCCCGGCUACGCGCACCUACGGGCUUGGCGCCGACCAGAUCCUCGAGGCGGACGUGAUGCUUGCCGAUGGCCGCGUCGUGACGGCCAAUGCCUGCGAAAACACCGACUUGUACCGUGCUCUGCGUGGCGGCGGGCCCGGCUACGGUGUCGUUCUCGGCACGACUAUCAAGGCGCAUCCCAACGUAAAGACCGUCCAGGUCAACAGGCUGACGAUAGCGCCCAAGAAGACGACGCCCAAGAACGCGCAGCUUCUUGACGCUGUCGCCGUGGUGCUGCAGUCGAUCCCGCAGCUCAACAACGCCGGGUACGCUGGCUACGGCAACUGGUACCGCAGCUCAAAGACCGUGCUUUACUUCAACGCCACGUCGGGCUACCGCCAUAACUUCUGGAUCAUGGAUAAGUCUCUUGACGAGGCCAAAGCUGCCUUUGCGCCUCUGCAAAAGGCGCUGGCCAAGUUUGAAGAUGACCUUAUUGUUGAUAUCCAGUACGCGUCCUACACAGACUACUGGAGCUUCUACGACAAGGAGCUGGGGCUAUACGACCCUGCGGGCAUCACCUGGGCCAUGUCGUCGCGCUUGUUCGACCGUCCUGCUCUCGAAAACGCGGCCGGCGUUCGAGAGUACGUCGAAGUCAUCAGCGGCAAGCCGGAAGAGUAUGUCGGAAAUUCGGUCCUUGUGGUGUCUGGUGGCCAAGUGUUCAAGGACGCGGUGGACAAAAACUCGGGGCUGCACCCGGCGUGGCGCACGUCGCCGCUGCUUAUUGUCACGUUCCGGAACCCGGAAAAGACCAUUUCCAAUGCGGACCGCCAGGCGCUCAACCAUGACAUGACGUUUGUCAAGGGCGGCGCGGGCAAGAAGCUUGCGCCGAACACGGGUGGCUACAUGAACGAGGGAGACGUCAAUGACCCUGAGUUCCAAGCGACUUUUUACGGCGCCAACUACAAGAGCCAUUUAGCCGUAAAGAACAAGUACGAUCCAAAGAGAGUCUUCUAUUGCCGCUCUUGCGUUGGGUCUGAGUCGUUUGUUGACAAUCCCGAUGGCGCCUUGUGCCGUGUUUGAUAGGGUCCACGGACGAGUGGAAAUUGUAGAAUAGUGACAAAGAGAAACAUGGCAACA